AUUACUUAUAGUUAAUGUUAAUAAGGAUCCUCUUUGUUUUGUUCAAAAGUUAAAAUUAUAAACAUCGGGUGUUGUAAAAUUCUUUAAGGUUUACAGCUUAACUAGAGUGUGAUAAAAAAAUACUUGGUAAAAGAAGACUGAAAACGAGAAAUAUGGAAGAUCACAAUAAUGAGACAACUGUUGAUGCACAUGAAGCUCCAGAAAACAACAAAAAACAAAAUGGAAAUGAUGUUGGUGACGCUUGGGGUACAGGAAGGACAUCAAAUAGUCACCAAAUAGCAAGGAUGCCUGUUGAAAGAUUUGGGUCAGAGUACAAUAUGAAUCACAAAAAUCGCGGUUAUGCUCUCAUCUUCAAUCAUGAAUAUUUUGAUGUACCAUCAUUGAAAGCCCGAUCGGGUACGGCUGCCGAUUGUGAUAAUCUGGUCAACACACUGCAAAACCUCCAUUUUAAUGUUCGAGUUUUUAAGGACUUGAAAUACCGUGAUAUGCUCAAAGAAGUCGAGGCAGUUGCUGGAAUGGACCAUUCAGACAACGAUUGUAUAUGUAUUGCAAUUUUGAGUCACGGAGAGCUGGGAUAUAUUUACGCCAGAGAAGGACAAUAUAAGCUCGAUAGUAUAUGGAGUUAUUUUACCGCAAAUCGAUGUCCUUCACUCGCUGGCAAGCCGAAACUCUUUUUUGUUCAAGCAUGCCAAGGUGACCAGUUGGAUGGAGGAAUAACAAUGAUGCCAGAUCGCACUGAAACAGACAGUGGAAGUACUGGUCUCAGCUACAAAAUUCCCAUACAUGCAGAUUUCCUGAUUGCGUACUCAACAAUCCCCGGGUUUUAUUCAUGGCGAAAUACAACCAAGGGAUCUUGGUUUAUGCAAUCUUUGUGUUAUGAGCUCAACCAGCAUGGUAAGAAAUAUGACCUCUUGACUCUAUUAACGUUUGUUUGCCGUCGUGUAGCUAUUGACUUUGAGAGUAAUACGCCAGACACUCCAUCAAUGCAUCAACAAAAGCAAAUUCCAUGCAUAACCACUAUGAUGACCCGACUAUUGCGCUUCAAUGACAAAUAAAACAACAACUCAUUUCAAUUCAUUCUCAAAUUAUUUUAGGCUGCUCCUGAAACUUUUUUUUUAUUAUUGCUCCACUCACUUUUAUAUUUAAUUGGAGCGAUUAUUCGUUUUUUCUUUUGUAUUCAUUUUUAUACUACUUACUCAUAAAAUCUUUUUAUAUGUAAUUGUUCCGAAAAAUACACAGUUGCAUUUCGGAAACCGCGAUUUUUUUUUUAUUGUAUGUUCACCGUGAUUUUAGCAGUACUGCAAAAUAUUUCAUAUAGUGUAAAACGAUUUGAACUUUAUGUAUAUCAUCAUUAUUGAAAAAUUAUCGAAAGCGACUUUAAAAAAAUAAGAUGAAACAAUGUGAGUAAAAUAACGUAAAGCUAUAAAUCUAAGAAACUAAAUUUAAGUAUCUGAAAGAGUUCCAGUAAUAAAUAUUACCACAAUUUAUUAUAUGAUCA